AUGGCUUUUAGACGGAAAGCGAGGAGGAUGCGGUUAUUGGGGUGUUAUCGGCUGGGGCUGCUUUGGAAAGCCCUUCUGGUGUUCUUGGCCAUUGUCUUUGCUGGGCAGCUGCUGGGAGUCAUCUUCAGCAAGAGUAUGCAACCCGAAAGGCCCAACCCUCUGUUCUCCCUUUCUUCUCUGGACUCUCAGGAGUCAUCCCUUGGUUCCUGCCGGCCACACAACCACGUCAUGUUCCUGAAGACCCACAAGACAGCUAGCAGCACUGUACUCAAUAUGCUCUACCGCUUUGGGGAUGAGCGGGGCCUACGCUUUGCCCUACCUUUGGGGUACCAGUUUGGCUACCCAUUGCCCUUCAAUGCCCACAGGGUAAAAGGCUACCGGGGACCACGUGUUGUGGACUUCAGCAUCAUGGGCAACCACAUGCGCUUCCACAAGCCAGAGGUUGAGAAGGUCAUGCCCAGUGAUACCUUCUAUUUCUCAAUUUUACGUGACCCAGUGGCCCUGGCAGAGUCUUCAUAUGCCUACUACAAAGCUGUGGCCCCUGCCUUCAAGCGAGCAAAGGGGCUAGCUGAUUUUGCAGAAGACCCUUGGCAGUAUUAUGACCCCCGUCUGCGCAACAACCACUAUGCUCGCAAUCUUCUGUGGUUCGACUUUGGCCUGGACCACAAUGCCAACUUCUCUGAGUCCCUGGCCCAGAAAGGAGAAUUGACUGUGCGCCAGGCCUUCAGUCUGAUCUUGUUGUCAGAACACUUUGACCAGUCCAUGGUACUGCUCCGCCAUGCCCUGUGUUGGCCGCUGGAUGCAGUGGUCUCCUUUAGCUUGAAUGCACGGCAGCAGAAGAGCAGCAAGGGGAGUUCAAAUGGCGGCUUAGUGCUCUCAAAUGAACAGAGGCAAAAACUGCGGGAGUGGAAUGCACUGGACUGGCACCUAUACCAGGCCUUCAAUCACACCUUCUGGGAGGAGGUGGAGAAAUUUGGGAGGGCACGGAUGGUGUCGGAGGUGGCCCUCCUGAGGUCUCGGCGGGAGAUGAUGGCACGUGUCUGUCUGCGGGAUGGAGGGCGGCCAGUGGAGGCCAGCCGAAUACGGGACAAGACUAUUCGGCCCUUCCAGAGUGGCCUGGUUAAGAUACUGGGCUAUGAACUGCAGCCCGGGCUGGACAAUGCCACCAACCAUGCCUGUCUGAAAAUGAUCAGGCCUGAGAUCCAGUACAAGGAUUUACUAGAUGCUCGACAGUUCCCCAGAUCCCCUCAAUCUGCAGCUCCUGGUGUGGCCCCCUAUAAAAAGGACAUGGGGCAUCCAAGAAUGAUGGAGCGUGGUGGUAUGAGGGUGGGGGAGAGGGAGAGAGACUGGGACAGGAGCUGGAUGAGUCGCAACCAGACCUCAUCAUUAAGUGCAGGGAAGGGUCGACUGAGAUAG